CCGGGCGGCAGCUGUACGGUUGCGCAGCACAUGUGCGGAAGAAGAAAGCGGUGACAUGACGGAGUGAGAGGCUGCUGCUAGAAGAAGGCAGACUAACCCACAUCCUCUUCUCCUCUGGAAGGAUACUGAAGCAGCUCGGCACCAGGACGUUUCUUUGAAAUGGAUCUUCAUGAUAACAAGAUUCUCCCUGGAGAGAUUUUGCCUGUGGUGAUAAUUGGUAAUGGCCCAUCAGGGAUCUGUCUGUCAUACCUGCUGUCAGGUUACACCCCCUACCUGUCAACUGAGGCAUCGCAUCCCAACCCACUGCUGCACAGCAAGCUGGAAGAACAACCUCACCUGGCCCUGCUGGAGCAGGAUCUGGAGUACCUGUGCGAGGGCCUGGAGGGCCGAUCAUCCAAUCCUGUGGCGGUGCUUUUUGAUUCACUGCUGCUGCCUGACAGUGACUUUGGAUUGGACCACACCUCUCCGUUGGAAUGGCGAUACGAGCCGGAGCGUGCGAUACCUCACCUAGUGCUGGGGAAGGGUCCGCCGGGAGGAGCCUGGCAUGCUAUGGAGGGCUCCAUGCUAACGCUGAGCCUGGCUAACUGGAUGGAGCUUCCCGGACUCAAACUGAAGGACUGGAUGAGAGACAAACGCAGAAAUGUACGAAAUGACCGCGCCACACCAGCAGAGAUAGCGUCCUACUAUGAACACUAUGUUUCCCAGAUGUCCCUGGAGCAGAGCUUUGCCUGUGGGACCACCGUUACCUCUGUCACCAGGCAGCCCGGCAACCCGGAUGGGUCGCCGCCCUGCUGGAGAGUAACGGGACUACAGCGGCGAGAGGGGGAGGAGCUUGGAGGUGGUUCCUGUGUUUCUGAGGAGGUGCCUUUCUCCUUGUUGGCCCACAGCGUGGUGCUGGCCACGGGCACACACGAUAUCCCGGCCAGGCUCAGCGUGGAGGGUGAGUCCCUACCCUUUGUCUGCCACUCUUUCUGGGAGCUGGAGGCGGCCAUCUCCCGCGGUGAGCUCGAUCAGUCGUCCGACCCCAUACUGGUGGUGGGGGCGGGGCUUACAGCAGCCGACGCUGUGCUGGCUGCCCACCAUCUCAACACACCCGUCUACCACGCCUUCAGGAGAUCAGUCACCGACCCCGGCCUUAUCUUCAACCAGCUGCCUAAGUUGCUUUACCCGGAGUACCACAAGGUUCACCAGAUGAUGACUCAGCAGCAGCACCAGACAAACCCUCAGCCUCAGAACCACGCCCAGAACUACCAUCCCCGCUCCACCCUUUCUUCUCCUUCCUUCCCUUCUCCAUCCUCCCCUACCACCACCUCCUCACCAUCUUCACCUUCCUCCUCCUAUCCAGGCUACCUGAGCUUUCCACGCCACAGAGUUGUGGCGUUCCGACCUGACCAGAAGUGCGUGCUGGAGUCGGACUCUGGUGAGCGGGUGGUGGUCCAGGUCUCCAAGGCGCUGGUUCUGAUUGGCGCAAACCCCAAUCUUUCCUUUCUGAAAGACAACGGCCGCCCGCUUGGUAUCUACCCUGAGGAACCGAUCACAUGCCGGAGGAACCCCAUCGAAGUGGACCCGUUUACAAACAAGGUGGUGGCAGCGGAGGGGCCGGGCAUGUACGCCAUGGGGCCGCUAGUCGGCGAGAACUUCGUCAGGUUCCUGAAAGGAGGAGCGCUGGCCAUCGCUAGCGACCUCACCAAGAGACAGAGGGAGGAACAGGGGAGAGGAGAAGGAGGUCUGAGCACAGACAGAAUCAUGGACAGAUGGAUGGACAGACAGGUGACCUCCCAGACAGAUGCAGAUGUGUGUGUUCUCAACUCAUAGCCGUUUUACUGGGUAAGGUCGAGUGGACUGAAGCAAACCGGCCUGCUGUGAUUGAUCAAAAGCCAUACAGAAAAUCAUGAAUGCGCUGCAGAGGCAUAAUUCAGUCAACAUCUGACUGGCCUUUGGAUCAUCAAAUUGUAACGGUAGAAACUUACAUGUUUACCACCUUGAAAUCCUUCCGUGACUGUAGCUACUCUAUGUAAAUAUAUGAGAAUAUUAAAAAUCAGAUUUUAAUGCAGAUUUAUUUUUUACAUGAACUCAUAGCAAUAAAUUUUAAUAAGCAUGUCUUCACCUCCUCAGACCUGCGUGCAUUUUAAAUUUCUCCAACUAUUUAAAAUUAGUAGGACAUGAAUUAGUAGCCAUGAAUGUGGCUGUUCAUAGCUUGCGACUUCUGCUAUUGAUUAACUACGUAUGUCAAGCUACAAACAUUAAAGCAUAAACAACCAUAUAAUUUAAUGAUGUUUUGUAUUUCAUCCAGUUUUAUCUGAGCUGUAGAAUUUUUCGACAGAAAAUGCCACAUUCUUGUCUUGAUUAUUGUAUCAUGCUUUUGUCAGCAGUAGAUGACACUAAUAAGUUCCCAGUGCAGUAAAUCCAAAGUGAGGGUGCAGAUAGAGAGAAGGUUAAUGCAGAAAUAACAGCUCAGUUUAGGUCCUCAUCACCCAAAGAGCCUUAAUCACAACAUUAACUUAAAGGCUAAUGAGUCAGCAUCAUAUGGGACCAAAAAAAACAUGCGGUGCUGCAGCUUUUUAACUGCAAGGACUAUUGCCAUAUUUCCGUAAUUUCUUGGGUCUCGUGUGUAAUGUUGCAACACUACACUGUCCCAAACAGUUAUUUCCUGUUUCUUUCUUUAUAUCAUUUUCUGUGUAUGUUUGUAUAUUAUGGGUUUUGUGAAUCUGUGGUGCUUUAUUUUUCUACAUUAGUGUUUUUUUAAUCAUGUAACUGUACCUAGCUAGCACCUUUGUACAUCUUUGAUGAUUCUGAAAAUAUUUUUUACAACAGAAAAAAAAUCCAUAUUUUUUUAAAUCUUCUCAGUGAAAAUGUUUACUUUGCAGGUUUUGUAACAUCAGAGUUCGACAUUGUAAACAGUAACACUGGUUUUAAAGGCUAGUUUGCAUCUGUCUAGCACUGUCAUUAUGUCAUUUACACAAUGUACCACUUCUGCAAAUUGCAGUAACACUGAAUCAUGUGUGAAUCUUAAUGCUGAAAAUAUACAUUUUCUUUGA